AUGGCUUCGAACUCGGCGACCGCCAGACCAGAAGAGAAGGCGAUAGCCUCAUCUCCUCACCAUGAUGCCGAAACAGCCUUGACCGCAGCGUCCACCGACAAAGACAUAGCAAUCAAUCUCGUCGGAGAACACGCCCAAGAAAUCGAUCCACGAAUCGAAGCAAAGGUUCUCCGAAAGAUCGACUGGUUUCUCAUCCCCGCAAUGAUCGUUGGCUAUGGCCUAGUAUACUACGACAAAGCGAUCCUCGGUUCUGCCGCCCUCUUCGGCAUGACAACCGACCUACAUCUCACCCAAACCCUCUCCCCCGCUACAUCGACUUCCUCAGCAGUAAUCUCCACGACGCGUCUCUCAUGGGCCACUUCAUUGUUCUAUUUCGGCAUGCUCGCAGGACUCUAUCCCCUCACCUUCGCUCUCCAACGUUUCAAUCUGGGUCGUAUCCUUGGUGCCGUCGUACUACUUUGGAGUCUCAUCUGCAUGUUGACUGCCGCUGUUACAGACUACAAGGGACUGUACGUUCAACGUUUCUUCCUAGGUUUCGUGGAGAGCAUCAUUCCAACGGGUUUCAUGACGAUAGUAAGUAGCUACUACACGCAGCGCGAACAAUCCGUGCGUCAGUCUUGGUGGUUUAGCAGUACCGGACUCUUCACCAUCAUCGGCGGCGCGUUGAACUACGGGUUCGCGCAAAUCACGACAGGUGCGUUGAGACGCUGGCAGUACAUCUACCUGCUCGCUGGGUGUUUAACCUUCCUCUUCGGGUGUUUCUGUUUCUUCAUCCCUAAUUCCUGCGCUGAAGCGUGGUUCUUGACGAAAAGCGAACGUGUCGUCGCUGUUGAGCGACUGAGGAAGGGUGCGACGGGUGUGCGGUGCCAGAAGAUCAAGAUGUAUCAACUUAAGGAAUGUGUCACGGACGUUAAGUUCUACCUCGUCUUCCUGCUCAUGGGUAGCGCAUACACCGUCAACGGCGCAGUUUCUGGAUUUGGCCCACUCAUCGUAAACACAUUCGGUUGGUCGCCGCUCGCAUCCAUACUCUGGCAAUUCCCUCUCGGACUCAUUUGCCUCGUUACGAUCCUCCUCUGCGGAUGGUUAUCUUCGCGCAUACCUAACAUACGAAUCAUACUACUCAUCGUAAACUGCCUCCCCGUCAUCGCCGGGUGUGCCAUGAUCUGGAAAUCAGAGUGGACAUACCACGCGCCCACACCCGUAGCCGGAUACUCAAUAAUCGGUACUUUCGGCGCGGUAGUCAGCCAGACAAUCGUCAUCGCCAUGUCCAAUGUCAGCGGCGCAACGAAGAAGAGUGCAAUGGCUGGAACAGUCUUCGUCGCAUACUGUGUUGGCAACAUCGUCGGCCCACUGUUGAUCAGAAGUCAAGAAAAGGGUGCGCAUUAUCCUCGGCUGUGGACGGGCCUGAUAAUCUGUUACUGUAUCACGAUCGCGUCGGCGGUGGCACUUUAUGCUGUGUUAAAGAGGAAGAACAAGAGGAGAGAGACGAUGAGCGUGGACGAAGAAGAAAGAGACAAGAUGGCGUUUAUGGAUCUGACGGAUGGUGAGAAUAUGUAUUUCAGAUAUGUCCUGUAG